ACAUCACAGAUCGCAACUUCACUGGCUUCGCAUUUGCGGCAUCGCUGUGUCCUUUUUAUAUCUUCACUAGAUCUACUACACUCCCAACUCCACACUUCUUCUUCUUCUUCUUCUUCUUCUUCAUUGCACAGUGCAUCCAUAAACAUGAAGUAAUGAGGUAAUCUAAAGUGGAAAAAAUGGGUGGGGGCCGGUUCAAACCGACGCAGAAGAGGAAGAGGGUUCCAAAGAGGGUGUGGUUAAGCUUCCAAAAAUCAAUGGGUGUCCUCGUGGGUGGAAACCAUACCUCCUCCAGGUUUUGCACUCGCUAACUCCCCUCCCUUCCCCCUUUCGGCUUUCAAAAGAUCCAUCUUUCUCUCACUUUCUCUUAACUCGAUUAGUUCAACAUGGACACCAAGGCAUUCAAAUUCCAGAUCCUUACUAGCUCCAUCGCCAGGCGCGUGCUCCUUCGCACAAUCCUACUCGCGUGCGCUGUCUCGUUUGUCUCUCUGUACCGCGCCCUAUCCCUCUUCGAUUUCGGAACCCUCGCUCCCAUCGCCACCUACUUCGACUGCGUCUCCGGCUUCCAGAGCGUCACCUUCCGCCCCGGUUCCCCCUUACUCCGAACCCGGUUCGGGGUCUCCGCCAAUUGCGAGAAAGACGCCAAUUUGACCCUCACUGUGGUCACCGAGCUAACCGGUAGCCGGUUACUCCACCCCGGAGCUAAAAGCCUCUGCGUCGGAGAAGGCUCCUCAAUGGCCGUCACGGCAAUGAAACAGUUAGGUUUUUUCUCCAGCGUCAGCGCCGUCCAAACGCACCGUUUCGAGCAGAGGAACGUCCUGUACGAGGAUAAUUCCUUCGAUUUCGUGUUCUCGAGAGACCUAGACAAGGUUUCUGUCCCGGCAUUGCUGGUUCUCGAGGUUGAGCGUGUCCUUAAGCCAGGUGGCGUUGGUGUCUUCCUUGUAGGCACCACAAGUUCUCACCCCAAUGACAUGAUAAGAGCAGCCACACCUGUGUCCUCGUUAUUAAGGUCUUCCAAUGUUGUGCAUGUUGGUUCUGUCAACGACCAUAACCUUGUUGUUUUCAAGAAACGAGUUGAAAACGCUACUUUGUUUUACCAACAUGGUUUACCCGCUGAUUGUCCCAGUGUCACCUUCACCAAACCCCUUAUAGAGUUAAUGGAGCCUCUCGUGAGUGAGAAACAACAACAACCACCGAUUGAGUUUCACAAGAGGAAUAUUCCCUAUUUGCCUAAGUUUGUGGAUGUUUCCACUAGGAAGAGGUUGGUGUAUAUUGACAUUGGGGUAGGGGAGCUUCUUGAUGCCAAUGUUAGUGAUUGUUGGUUCCUACCAUCGUACCCCAUUGAUCAGAAGGAUUUCAAUGUUUAUUUUGUUCACUACAACACUUCGAUUAUGUUGUCCUAUGUGAAGCGACCUGGUAUUACCUUUGUUUACCACCCUGGCUUGGCUGGUAUUGAUAAGGUCAAUGCUAAGCUUGGUAGUGAUGAUGAUGAUGACAUGGAUCCUUUACUUGGGGAGGAGGAGAAGUUUGAUUUCCCUGCGUGGUUCAAAGAAACUGUGCAAUAUGCUGAUUUUGUGGUCCUCAAGAUGAACGCAGGAAGUGUUGAGCUCAAGUUCCUCUCGGACAUAUUUGAGAAUGGAGCUAUAUGCUUUGUUGAUGAGUUGUUUCUCAAGUGUCCCGAGAGGAGGGGAGGUGAUGAGAAAAGUGUAACCAGCAAGGAAAGUUGCAUGGAUAUUUACAAGGCUCUCCGAAGCAAUGGUGUCUAUGUGCAUCAAUGGUGGGGAGACUGAAUUGCAUUGAACCUUUGAUGAUUAUUAUGGUGUUAGAGAAACUCUGUGUAUGUACAAGUUUCUCUUGUGUUUUAUGUAUUUGGACUAUAGUCCAACUAUGUCUCUGUUUUGUGUUUGUUGUCUGUGAAAGUGUGUAGGAUGCUAUGAACAUCCGAGUGCUUUAUGGUUGGGCGAUUAAUGCUAAAAUAAACAACCACUGUCGUUCUCGUUUGCUAAUAAAAUCUGUGAUGAUUCGUGGUUU